GAUGGGGAGGAGCCUAGAGCCCUUAAGCGGGUUUGUAUCGAGUCCAGGCCAGUGGGGACUGGAAAUAAUUAUAAAAAAAGAAAAAAGCAGGUUGUGAAUCAAUCCAAGAAUGAACAAAUGUAAGAAGCCUUGUGUUGACCAGACUGCAAACCUUGAAAAGUUCAGUCCUGAAAUUCUUUCUGAAAUUGAGAAGCUCUUUGCGAAGAAGUUUACUUACACUAAGCCAGUGAAUAAUGAAUGGCGGCUGCCAGAUCCCAGUGAUGCUUUUACGUGCAAUCAUAAGGAAUUCAACUCACUCCUGGCUCUGAAGAACUCUUUGAAUGAAGUGAAGAAUCAACUGAGUGAUAAGAAUCUGGAUAAAUGGCACCAGCACACCUCGUUUACCAAUAAAGCGGGGAAAAUAAUUCCUCAUGUGAAGAAAUCUGUGAAUGCUGAGCUGUGUACCCAGGCGUGGUGCAAGUUUCAUGAGAUCCUGUGCAGUUUUCCUCUUCUUCCUGAAGAAGCUCUUCAGGGUGGAGAACUGAAUUCUGUCCAUCUCUGUGAAGCACCUGGAGCUUUUAUAGCCAGUCUCAAUCACUACUUGAAAUCCCACCAUGUCCCUUGUGACUGGAAUUGGGUAGCUAAUACUCUAAACCCCUAUCAUGAAGCAAACGACAACCUGAUGAUGAUCAUGGAUGACCGUCUUAUAGCAAAUACGUUGCCGUGGUGGCACUUUGGCCCAGAUAACACUGGUGAUGUGAUGACAUUGAAACAUCUAACAGGACUUCAGAACUUUGUAAGUAAUAUGGCCACAGUUCACUUGGUAACUGCUGAUGGCAGCUUUGAUUGCCAGGGAAAUCCAGGUGAACAGGAGGCUCUUGUCUCACCCCUUCAUUACUGUGAAACGGUCACUGCUUUAAUGAUCCUAGGCACUGGGGGAUCCUUUGUUUUGAAGAUGUUCACGCUGUUUGAACACAGUUCUACCAACCUGCUCUUUCUGCUAAACUGCUCUUUUGAGGAGGUCCAUGUCUUUAAGCCAGCCACUAGCAAAGCUGGAAACUCGGAGGCCUAUGUGAUUUGUCUUCGUUAUAUGGGCAGAGAAAGCAUUCAUCUGCUGCUUUCUAAGAUGAUAGAGAACUUUGGAACAGAAAUGGUCAACAAAGCACUUUUUCCACAGCAUAUGCUGCCAGAAUCUUUUCUUAAAAUACAUGAAGAGUGUUGCAUGUUCUUCCACAAGUGCCAGGUAGAGACCAUCUCUGAGAAUAUCCAUCUCUUUGAGCGCAUGGAAAAAGCAGAGCAGAUGAAACUGAACAAGUUAAGAGAUUGUGCAGUAGAGUUCUUCAUGCAGAGACUUCGUAUGAAACCCAUUGCCAGAAAUAACUGGCUUGUCAAGAAAUCUCAAACUGGUUGCAGCAUGAAUGCAAAAUGGUUUGGGCAAAGAAACAAAUAUUUUAGUACGUACAAUGAAAGGAAGAUGCUGGAAACCCUGACAUGGAAUGAUAAAGUGGCAAAGGGCCAUUUUGAUCACUGGGCUGAAGAACAUAGUUUAAAUAAUGCUGGUAAAAUGUGCAUCUUGGAAGGAUCGUCUUCUAACCUCGAGUGUAGUUCGUGGUACAUUUUGGAAGGAAAAAGACUACCAGUGGUAAAAUGUUCUCCAUUUUGUGAUGGUCAAGUCUUCGAAAAUCUUAAUGAAGCUAUGAAUGAAUUGGUAGGGGGGAGGCUGAAAAGCAGACAAAUGCUGCAGAUUUGUCACUCCUGUGAAGUUCUUCCUGGGGAACUGAUACUGGCAGAAGUGUCUGAUCUUUCCCGGAGUCAUCAGGAAGUCCUAAAUGAAAGAUGCAGUGACAAAUUCAAGUGCCUUGUGGUGGACUUUCCAUCCCUCUGUGAUACUGAAAACCAACCCAGUAUGGAAAUAAAGCUCCUGGACUCGGCCACACUGCUGACUUUUAGCUUCUCUUUGCUUUAUGAUGGAGAACCAAAGUACCAGCAACAGCUUUUGGAGUGUGUUCUGCAUUCAUUGAAUCAGCUUACAAUGGGAGAUGCAUUGAUUUUGCCUAUUCUUUCUUGUUUUACACGCUUCACAGCUGGCCUGGUCUUUAUACUGCAUUGCUGUUUCAGAUAUAUCACGUUUGCUUGUCCGACCUCCCAUGAACCACUAAGGACUAGUGCUGCUUUGCUGUGCGUUGGUUACCGAGGCCUCCCAAAUCCAGUUGUUGAAUAUCUGCAGCAUCUGAAGAAACUAAUGAGCUCUUUAUUAGAUAUGGACUCUCCCCAGCAAGUUUUGCAGUUUGUGCCUAUGGAGGAUCUCCUCCAGGGCAAACUGUUGGAGUUCUUAUGGGAUUUGAACACAGCCAUUGCAAAGAGACAACUCCACUUGAUUGUGCAAGCUAAGCAGCAGCAAAUGACUAGUAAUAUUUCACUUUAGAAUAACUCUAGAGUUGAGUGAGUUGCUGUUGCUAGACCUUGUUUCACAGGCAGGUAGAAGGUGUUAAAAACAUUGUUAAUGUGAAGGUAACUUUAACUGUAAAACCUUGGUGUGACAUUGUUAGUGUUGGGAGGAUGUUUUGAGGUAUCAAUCCCACUUGCACCAUAUCAUCCUGUUGUACGGAAACCUGAGGCUUAAUCUCAGGGCUGGGGGACUUGGGAGGGACAGUGAUUGCAGUGGAGAAACUUUCUCCUCUGUCACAGCUCUCCCUGAGUCAAUUUGUGUGCCACCUAGGUCAGAACUGUGCCUUCAUGAUGAGAGGUGGUAUGGUGAUUUAUAUGUCUUGCAUCAGGCCAGACAAUGGGGGAUGCUGUUGUGUGACAUUAGCCCUCUUCUGUGGACCAACAUGUGGGAGCUUUGAUGCACCUGCAUACUUUUCCAGGGUCUGUAGAAGCUGAAAUGUGAGAUUCGGGCCAGAACGUUCAGCAGCGUGCAAGCCUGAUGAAAGACUUGAGGGAUGAGUGUGUUGUGAGCAGGCAGCUGUCUCACAAAGGCUGGGUUGAAAAUGACUGCCUGCAAGCAGUAGCAGAGGUGUCCAGGCAAAGAUGCUCUUGGGUUUUAAUUUUGUUUAUGCAAAGAGCAGCAGGCUGUAUGGUUUUUGACAGGUUAUUGUAUGGCUUUGUCUCCCCAUCAAUGAAUGGGCUGUUAUAAUGUUAUUUUUAAGUGGCUUUUGGGUCUUCCUUAGAAUAAUUUGAGACUCCUGAAAGUGAAGACUUGCUUCUGUCUAUGGCAGCAGCUAUUAAUGAGGAACUCCUAAUGUUUUUCAGGCUAAAAACAUGAUCGUGCACAGAUUUGUGUAUCAAGGAAUGCUUUGGGUACCACUGGAGAAGCAUUAAGCUGAAGAAAUACUUUAUUUGGAAAAGUAUGAUUAAGAUUUCAGUUGGUUCCCCUUAAGGAUAAAAAUGAUGAAAUUGGUAACUGACUGUUCCUUUAAGGGAGUCAAAUUUUAUUUUCCAUAUUGCUCCUUUGAGAGCUAAAUUUUGAGGCCUAAAUUGUGUAUAUUAACAUUUAGUUUUAAGUUUGUAGUAUAUGUGGAAAAAACCUGCUCAGAGGGAGAAAUGAUGUUUAAAGGAAAAAUGGCUUUGCUGUUGAUAUGUGCAAGAUCUUGCAGAAAAAGGUCAAAAGAGUGAGUUAGUAAGAAGGAAAAUGUAGUCUCCUGAUGAAUUACCAGUCACCUUCUGGAAGCAUUUCUAAUUGUAUGGUGUUGGAGCUUGAAGGAUAAUUGAUUACUGGUAAGGGAUUAAAAGCACUGCUGAAAAACUGUUUUGUCUGGAGGUGCUGCACAUUUAAUAGGCUUUCUUGCCAUGUUGAUUGGGGCAGAGUUUAGUGCAUUUAACAGUUCAUUUUUUAUUUAAUAACAUGAUAGGUGAAUGAGUUGGUGGCUCAGGUCUAAUUCAUAACAUUUUUUAAAAAUCUUGCUUUUUACAGUUGCACAUAAAUAGAAGCUGCCUAACAAAAGCUUCUGGGAUUGGUCAUUGUCCAUUUUAAUUUAUUUAAAUAGAACUUGCUCUUUUUGCUGUGAGCUGAGUCAUGUUCCUCUCAAACCAGGAAGGAAGGGAACAGAGGCUACAGACUGGGAGAUAACAUGCAGUAAGAGCUUCUCCUGUAAAUCAUUUUUUGAACCUGUAAGCUCAAGUGCAAGCAAUGCCACAGAUGACUUUCACCAAAGAAAAAAACCAAAUGCUGAAAAACAAAAUAAGGAAGGGGGGAAGAAAUGCUGUAGAAGAAUGGAUGAUGAGACAGUAUCAAAGAUCACCUGUAAAAGCCAUCUUUAUGUGAAACAAAAAGCAGAAUAAAGGUAUUUUCCACGAAAGACACCCCUGUAUCUCUGCCACUGUUUCAGAGGUGAUUAAUGCUUCUGAAACUCCCACUGUGCU